CCCUUUAUGUUUGAAUAUCUCUUUUGUACCGUUUCAUCCUCUCUCUCGCAACGCUUCGCUUUGCCUUUUUUGUUUUUCGCAUUUGCUUUUGCAGAUCUUAAAAAAAAAAACCCUUCAAUUUCUCUUCAUAAUCUUCGCUUUGAAUCUGCUAAAGCGCCCCGUUUUUACUUCCCCUCUAGACCGGUUCUCCAUUUCUCCGUUUUCGAAGCUCGGUUUGUUUGUUCUGUAGUUUGGCGGGGAGGAACUUUCUAGUUAGGUUUGAUUAUAAUGAUUUUGAGAGCAUAUUGCGGACGGAAGUGUUGUAGAGUUGGGAUUGGGGUAUGCAGCUUUAUUCAUCUGUAAACAAACUAUGGAAAGUGACAUUAAAGUAUCAACUCCUUCGGUUGGGCUCGGCAGCAGUGAUGGUGCUCAGAGAAUUCGACCUGUUCAUGGGAGGACUAGUGGUCCUACAAGGCGAUCUACAAAAGGACAAUGGACUGCUGAAGAGGAUGACAUUCUGAGCAAAGCUGUUCAACGUUUUAAAGGAAAAAAUUGGAAAAAGAUAGCGGAGUGUUUCAAGGAUAGGACUGAUGUACAGUGCUUACAUAGGUGGCAAAAGGUUUUGAACCCGGAACUUGUUAAAGGGCCUUGGUCAAAAGAGGAGGAUGAGCUGAUUAUUGAGUUGGUGAACAAAUAUGGGCCAAAAAAGUGGUCAACCAUUGCUCAGCACUUACCUGGACGUAUUGGAAAGCAAUGCAGGGAAAGGUGGCACAAUCAUCUCAAUCCUUCCAUAAACAGGGAGGCGUGGACUCAGGAAGAAGAGCUGGCUCUAGUCCGUGCUCAUCAGAUUUUUGGAAACAGAUGGGCAGAGCUCACAAAGUUCUUGCCAGGAAGGACAGACAAUGCGAUAAAAAAUCACUGGAACAGUUCAGUAAAAAAGAAGUUGGAUUCUUACAUAGCAUCAGGCCUUCUAGAACAACUUCAAUUCCCGGUUCUUGCAAAUCAAAGCCAGCCUAUGCCUUCAUCUUCUCUGAGGAUGCAGAGCACUGUAGAUGAUAGUGGUGCCAAAUGUAGGAAAGAAUCAGAGGACAUAUCAGAAUGCAGCCAAGAGUCAAAUAUGAUUGGCUGCUCUCAAUCAGCAAGUGAUUUAGCUACUGCUGCUGUACAUACAAAAGAGCAAUUCCACUUGACCGAAAUGCCUGGUGUGUCAAAAGAGAGGAAUUCCAGUUCAGCACCUUGUUCAGAAGAAUAUUACCCAUCUUUUGAAGAUGUCAACUUCUCCAUUCCAGAAAUACCUUGUGAAGUAGGGUACUCUUCCAGUGGGGAUUACCAGUUUGGUGAGCAUAUGUUGAUAACCGAUGAUGAAUGUUGUAGGGUCCUAUUCUCGGAAGCAGUGAAUGAUGGGUGCUUUGCCUCUGAAAAUUUUACACAGGGAUCUAAUAUUGUUGAAUUGGGUGGCUGCACAAACACAUCUCUUUGUCAGCCUUCAGACAUCCAACCAUCUGAAACUGGAAAAACUCCAGCUUCACAAUCUGGUCUUCCUUCAAGGUCUGAGGUAUUACCAACCUCAUGCUGUCAAUCUUUCGCAUCUCCUUCUCUUCUUUCAGUUGAGGAUGGUACACUUAUGUAUGGCCAAGAGCAGAGUCAAUUAAAUUGUCAACCUUUUGGAACUCAAGAGCAAGAAUUUACCAUGAAUGCUCAUGAUGGCUUCAUCUUUACUAAUGAUGAUCAUACAAAUGAUACUGACCUACAAGAGCAGACAUACCUUGCAAAGGAUUCUCAGAAGUUGGUUUCAGUUAAUAGUAUUGGUUCAGAGUUAAGUGCCAUGCUAACUUGUCCUAUUGCGGAUGAUAAGCGAAACUUGCCUGUAGAGCAAGAUGUCAGAGGUCUAUGUUACGAGCCUCCUCGAUUUCCAAGCUUGGAUGUCCCUUUUUUCAGCUGUGAUCUUGUACCAUCAGGCGGUAAUAUGCAGCAAGAAUAUAGCCCCCUUGGUAUUCGCCAGCUGAUGAUGUCUUCUAUGAACUGCAUCUCUCCAUUUAGGUUGUGGGAUUCGCCAUCUCGGGAUGGCAGUCCAGAUGCUGUGCUGAAAAGUGCUGCCAAAACUUUUACUGGGACACCAUCCAUAUUGAAAAAGCGCCAUCGUGACCUUUUAUCACCUUUAUCAGAAAGACGAAGGGAGAAAAAGCUGGAAAUUGAUAUGACAUCCAGUUUGACCAAAGACUUCUCUCGUUUGGAUGUGAUGUUUGAUGAAAGUGUUACUGGCAAUACAUCUCAGGUGUCUCCAUCUAAACGUAAAACCAAUGCUAGAGCCUCCAUUGAAGAAAAAGAAAACGUGUGUCAAGAAUUUCAUGGGUCACUAGACAAUGGGGGAGAUCACACUGAGCCAUUAGAUGAUGAAGCUCAGAAGAAAGAUUCUAAUGGAACUAAUUCCCCAGGGAACAUAAAAAAGGAAGCCUGGGGAAUUGAUAUCAAGGACAAAACUGAUGCUCAUGCUUCAGAAAAGAUUAUCCAACAGCCUUCGGCAGUGCUUAUUGAGCAUAAUGUAAAUGACCUACUAUUGUUUUCUCCUGAUCGUGUUGGUCUUAAAGCAGACCAGCCAUUAUUGCCUUCAAGCAUACGAACUCCACGAAAUCAGUGUCAUAAGAGCUUUAGAGCUAUAUCAAAUCAAGGUUUAUCAGGAAAUGCAUGCUUAAUUGUUAGCUCUCCCACUCUGAAAGUAAAGAACAGUGACGGUCACUCAAUCUCUGUUACUGCAGUACAGUGUACCAAUUCACCUGCAACCCUUGAGAAUUUGGCUGAUAAUGCUGGGAUUGAUACUGCUAUUGAAAAUUAUAAUAUAUUUGGUGGAACCCCAUUCAGAAGAAGUAUCGAAUCCCCGUCGGCAUGGAAGUCUCCUUGGUUUAUUAACUCUUUCAUUCCUGGCCCAAGGAUCGACACAGAAAUAACAAUUGAGGACAUGGGAUAUGUUAUGAGCCCCGCAGAAAGAAGCUAUGACGCCAUUGGAUUGAUAAAACAAUUAAGUGAGCAUACUGCUGCUGCUUAUGCUGAUGCCUUGGAGGUUUUGGGAAAUGAAACUCCAAAAUCAAUUGUAAAAGGAAGACUCUCCAACAAUCGUAACAUGGACAAAGAGAAUAACGGGGUUGAGAAUAGUUCACAUUUGACUUCAAAUAUAUUGGCCGAGCGCCGCAUCCUUGAUUUUAGCGAAUGUGAAACACCAAGAAAGGAAACCGAAAAUGGGAAAUCCUCAACAACUGCAGCAACCGUGAGUUUCUCAGGCCCCUCUUCCUAUCUUUUGAAAGGUUGCAGAUAGUGCCUUUUAUUAUUAUUUUUUGACUAAAAAUCCCUCAUGUUUGUAGUUUAUAUCGUAUAUGUAUGCCUUUUUUUUUUCAAAUUUCUUCAAUUUGUUGUGGAAAGGGAACGGAAUCAAUUAAUUAAAUUGAUAAAAGAGUGUAUGAAGUGCACAUAGAUUCUUCAGCUCUUCUCACCAACUUUUUGCA